AUGGAUACCCUAAUCGCAUUAUUGGCGAUCUUGGCUACGGCGUUUGCCGUUCAAGCACCUUUCCCCCAUGGAAAAAUUGUGACUUACAAAUACCAUGCUGACGUGAAAGCUGGAAUCAUCGACCCGGCUCCAUUCGCAUCCGACUUUAAUAUCGAAUGCCUCCUUCAGGUGCACCACGAUGUUACCAAUCCAAACUCAAAGAAUACCUUUUACGUUACUUUGAGUGAUAUGAAACAUGGGUUGUACAAUGGGCCGAUGAAACAUUACGAGUCUGUAAGCCAUAUGUUACCGAUCGACGCUGCUAAAGCGCUGUUGAAUCCUUUCCUCGUUAUCUAUGAGGAAAAUGGGCACCUUGAAGGCGUGAAAUUCGCUGAAGAUGAGCCAGGAUGGUCGAAGAACGUGAAGAAGGGUAUCGUCUCUAUGCUUCAAUUGGACUUGGAUCAGAUGCGUGUUCAAAGCCCAAUAAAAGCACAUAGUUUUAUAUCUCAGGAGGUUACCAUUCAUGGCAAUUGCGAAGUGGCAUAUAACGUACAGCCAAUGAACGAAAUGCAAGCAACAUCUGGCAAAGAGCUCAUAGUUACAAAGUUCUACGAAUCCAUGAACUGUUCUCACUUCAAAUACCACGAGUUUAAUCAUGUUGAAUGCCACGAAUGUCAAAUACAUGAAAGGAACGACAUGAGCACUUCCAGCAGACGCGUUUUCGUAAUAGAUAAUCACGAUAAUGAAAUCCUUAUUAAAAAACUGAUUGGACAUGCAGUGAUUAACUACUUCCCAUGGCUGGCUGCAUCAGAAGCUCAUUAUCUUUUGACCAACCAAACUUUGUUCCUCGAAAAGGUCGUUCCCGUAUCUGACAUUCAAUUAAUGGGCUCCAAACACUUAAUUGUUUCGCCUAUCGAGAAGGUCAUCUACGAUGAACCUAAAACUCCAUACGUUCCUGAAGCUGAUAUAGACGUAACUGGUCACCGGCACGUUGUUAAACUCGAUGAACUUGUGGUUAAAGCAAAGAAAAUGUUGGACGAGGUUGCUGGUUACCUGAAGGAAAAUAACGUCGAUAAGAAACAAAUAGAUUGGAAGCACGACCAAACGAUCAACAGAAUUUUACACAUUAUGAAGUACAUGAACGUUGCAUCUUUGAACAAAUUGUUUAGCGAAAUUGAGGAUAUCAAAGAUGACAAAGUGGAAGCAGUGAGAAAUAUUUUCCUCACAAUAGUGCCACAUGUAGGAACUCCUGCUGCGUGCCUUUUCACGCGAAAUGUAGUCCGUGCAAAGAGUGUACCGAAUUGGGUUGCCGUCACGAUGCUUGCCAAUCUUCCGAUGCACGUAAAAGUUCCAUCGAAGGAACUGCUUUUACAGAUGGAAGAACUCCUUAACUUAGGCGAAUUCGUUUCUCCGAGCGUAAGGGAAGCUGGCAUAUUCUGCUUUGCCACAUUGAUUCAUAAGACCUUCAAGAAAGAACAAACCGAAGUUGUCGAUCCUCUUAUGGAGAGAUACUUGAAGCAUUUCAUGGAUCAUGUUAGGAAUGAGCCGAUGUUUCACAUGAAGAUGGUAUACAUGAUGGCUAUGAAGAACGUUCGAUCGAAACAUGUUUUGAAACAUCUGGAGCCUAUCAUCAAAGGUGAAGAGGUUGUUUCCGAAAAGCCACACAACAUUCGAGUGCAAGCUAUUUGGAUCCUGAAAAACAUAAACGUGCAUAGAAAUUAUAUAAACGAUAUACUCUGGCCAGUUCUUAGUGACGUUAGCCUUCCCUCGGCAGUGAGAAUCGCUGCUUUUAAUAUACUGAUGCACCAAGUUAAUCAAGAGCCUAAUCUAGGGCGUAUUAUGAACAUAUACUGGUUAAUGGUUUACGAAAAAGACGAACAUCUGUAUAAUUAUUAUGUGGAUACCGUUAAAGGACUUGCCAACUCGGUAGACCCUUGCCUGAUGAAAAUUCGAGAAAUGGCUAAGAAAAUAUUGAAGUUUAUUCGCAUAAGGAACCUGAAUCAACCACUUUCAAGCAAAAUCCACGUUGACUAUGUAGAUAAAAAGUACGGAUUCGCUGAGAGCGUGAUGGCUUCCUUAGUUCUCGACAAUUUAACUGGUUUACCGUACGUUGGUUCAGUGGAACACGUCGAAACUGUUGCUCAUAAACCUGUGACCACAUUGGGAGUUCACUGGAACAUAGAUGGAAUGAGCAAAAUCUUAAAGCAUAUCAAUCAUAAUGUGCUGCACAAAGUCGUAGAGGUAAUUAAAAAUGACAAUGUGAAGAAUGUAUUGAAUCGAGCAUUCAAAGAUAUACCGGCAAUUAAAGAUAUAAACGUUAACGUGAUUCUAACAAUGAACGACAAUGUUGUUUUCAUACUUCACUCUGACGAGAGUAAUUCGUUGAAACUUCUUGAUAAAUUGAAGGAAUGGAACAAGCUCAUUACCGAGUACCUAAAUGUUAUUAACUGGCAAACUGUGCUGUACCAUAGUCAUUUCGAAAUGCACAUGGUCACCGAUCUUGGUGUACCAGCCGUUUUGGCUUCCAAAGUACCAUCUUUGAGCUCUCUCAGAGGAAGCGUUGAAUAUUCCGAGAAUAAAAAUCAUUUAAUCUUGAAAUCAAAAGUCAAAUAUCAACAAUGGAUGCACGGUGAAUACGUGAUGUCGAUUUACAAUCCUGUCGUUGAUUCCUGGCACUCUAUUCGUAAAACGUCGUCUGUAGACGUUACUUUACCUUGUGAUAUAGCCAUCGGUUACAAUCAGGACACGAAGAGUUUUAAAGUUUCAUUGGCAAGAUUGCCUGUUUCGGAAUUCUCGGUCGUUGGAAUAUCCUUUCACGGAAAGAACUAUGUCACCCUUACAGGAGAUCAGCACGAUCUAUUGAAGAAAUUGUGUUCCACUUGCCGUCAUCACGAAGUUAUCACCACUGGUGCUAGUUUGAAAACUUACGAGAGCAACUUUGACUCGAAGGACACCGGCACUCGAUUUUCGAUGAUACUUCAUUGUGACAACGAUACCAUUCCUAUCUCCCCUGUUAAUCACUGGGUUGAAGUGUACUCAGACAAAUAUAAAAACACCAUUGGCUGUUCAUGGAUGAAACCUGUUAUGGCAGUUCAUCAUAACAUAAUGAACAAUAUAAUUGCGAAACAAGAAGGAAGUUGCGUAAUUGUGUAUAAAAGUGAACCAAGUAUCGCUUAUCCUACAUCGAUGAUCGACUUAACCGGAAAAGUUAGUUUUCAAGAUUUGGAUCACAAUCAUGAAAAAAUGGUUUUGAUUAGUAGCAAGAGAAUCGAUAUUCGGGGAAAUAUGAACGUCAAAGCAGCCUCCACUGAUGAAUCUGUAAGACAGUGGGAUAUGAAUGUUAACAUUAUAUUUUCUCAGGGACACUUCAACAACAGUAUGAAAGUUAUGAUCACUCGUAUUGCGCCAGAAGAGAAAAACCUGAAGAUAUGUAUCGAGGCACAAAAAGAAUAUCCGAUGAUUGGCUGGAAAGUAGGUGCGUGGAAAGUUAAUGAAGAAAAGGAAAUUAAUUCAAAAGUGACGAUCACCAUGGGGCAAACGAAAGAUGAUAAGUGUGUACGCGAUGACAUGGACGUCACAGUAGUCGUGAAAGGUGAAAUGUCAGAAGACCAAAAAGAUCAUAUCGUCCAUGACAGCAUGCAUAGUGUGUGCUCUAAACAAAGUCAGAAUUCUUUGCUUUACUCCAAGGGGUCAACUGUUCCUAAGACUAGAGAAUGUAUUGAAGAAGCGUUGCGUCAUUCGACCUUGAGAAAGUACACCGUAAAUAUGACGCUAAGGAAGGUACCUCUAUAUUUGACAUCGAUCGUAAAUAUGGCACAAGAUAUUUUACGUGCUGCUUACUUCUCGCAUAUGAAAUAUACCUGGAAUCAUGUGGAGCCCGGAAACGCGAAGAUUGUCUUAGAAUUCCCAUAUUCGACAUCUCUCCUAAACGUAGCCCUCGCUACACCGACGUACAGUUACGAAUUGGCCCAUUUACCAUUUGGUGAUCCACUUUGGAAUCCAUGGAUGGAUAACGCACAAUUCUCUUUCUUAAUGUUACAUAAUUACGUUAAAGGCGGACUCAGGUUCUGCACAAUUCGUCCUCGAGUUCUUGUUAAUCUGGAUAAUGGUAUCAUUCCGUACAUCGUACGAGACAAAUGGACUCUGCUGUCUGGUGAUCAUAUAGACCAAAUGUAUAGUAUCUUCGUGAAAUCAGUGCAAAACAAUGUAUUGGCUCUGAAGGUUUAUGUAGGUGAACAUGAAUUGGAAAUCAUGCCUGUCGAUGGAGGCAUGACAGUCACCAUAGAUAAUGAAGUUAUAGACAAAACGAAUAUAGAAAAAGGUGUUAUGAUACCUAAGAACUCUGACUCCUACGUUAUUAGGUUGACCAAAGGUUAUGAGAUUGUGACGAUUGAAUCUCAAUUACUACCGUUCCAAAUUUACUAUCUACCAGACAGCGUGACAAUUUUUAUGGGUACCUCACUUCAAGGUCAAGUAACUGGCAUGUGCGGUCAUAUGGAUAACACGCACGAAGUCAAAAUUUCACAGAUAUACAGUGUAUCGCAUCUUUAAAGAGAUCAAAUGAAAUCAUUUAAUCACAUUUCCCAUUUUAUGAAACGUAUUCAGUGGAAAUUAUAUAAAGCAGUAGGUGUACAUUGUCCAACAAGAGAACUUAAUAUAAAAUGAUCAUGUAGAUACAAAAAGUAGACGAAUAAAGAUUUAUACCGGGCAA